UAUCCCGAACGUGGGUGGCAAUAGGCUCGACGGCAAACUGAUGUCGCAAAAGCUACAUGGAAUUUCGAUAGCACGGCGGACUGAGGCAACAGUGGAUGUCUUAUUUACUAUCGGUUAAUUCUCUUUACAUUUAUGUCGACGAAAUUAAAAUUCAACUUCAACAGAACACCACCAGUAUACACACUCCGUGAACGAUGUCUAGUUGAAUGCAACACAUAUUUUCGUUUAGUUCCUGUGGAAUAAGUACGAAAGAAAAGUUCAGAAAAUUCAAAUUAAUCGCGGGAGAUGAAGAUAUGCGCUUUAGUUGUUACAGCAUUUCUUUGCUUUCACACAACACUAACAAUAGCAGCCAAGGACAAGUUGCGAGGAUGCCGGAAUGGCAAGUGUAAAUUCAAACUGAACAACAGAUUGAGAAUAUUGCGGGACCUUUCUAAAUCGUUCUACCCGGGCACAAGUUCGGUUGACAUUAAGCUCAAGGCCCUUCACAGCAGAGAUAUGCAGGGGACGUUCGGGGAAUUCGCCAACCAGGACUCUAUCGGAUAUGACAUUCCAAAAUUUGCAUGCGGCCAGUCGGAGGAUGACACAGAAUUGAUAGCGUGCCCCACCCCCGACCGGCACGGCAGAAUCCAUUGUAUAAAAUACUUCUCCCUUUGUGAUCACAGAAUACAGUGUCCGAAUGCCGAGGAUGAGGAUCCUACAAUGUGCUUAUUUCAUUCAGCAACAGAACAGUACAUGAACAAGAUGAUGACGACGAUAUCCCGGAUGAACCGAGAAACGCAGGAUACGCUACGGGGAAUUCUGGCCCAGCAACAGAACACACAGCCCGCAUAUCUAGAUUAUAAACUCGAACGAAAGUGAUAACCAUGCAUUAAAUGUGUAUUAAUCAAAUUGUUAUAAACAAUCACAUGCCCUUGUGAUAUUCAAGAUUUCAAAGUUUUUUAGUUUUGGUCUAAUGUUUUGUUUUCUUUCAUUGCGUCUACUUGUAUUGAGUGUUAUUUAGGUAUAUCAAGAGAUCUGUAAUAUAAAACCAAAAUGUAUCAAAACAUUAACGCAUAUCUUACUAUUUCCAUAAAAUAAAAACUCUGUAAAAAACGAUGUUUUUUAGAAUAAUUCAAGAGGAAUAUUCUUCCGGCAAAAAUCAUUUGAAACUUUAGGCAUUCAUUAAAUGAAUGUUUUUCAGUUCAUAUUAAUAAAUUCAAAAGCGCAUGAUUUUUAGGUGGAUAAAACUCUUUUGGGAAAUUUAAAAAAAAAAGGUAAUUUCGAUUGUUAAUUAUAAAAUAAUGGUGAGGAAUUAUAUCCUGAUAAACUCACCGUUUGAUAUAAUGAGUUUAUGGAAAUAUAAUUUCGCUGAUUCUCUCAUUUGAGACCGAUAAACGGUAUAAAAAGCAGGCGUUAAAACAGAAAGUGCUGACGAACAAAUAAAGGCAUAUGGCAAAAAAAUGUGGCGCGAUUUCCCGACUGUAUUACAAUUAAUAAUCAUUUUCACUGCAUAAAGAAAGUAAUUGUUUAAUUUAUUAAUGCAAUAUUGCAAUAUAUAUCACUCUGUGAACAUCAAAAGCAAAUAUGGUUUCUGGUGCUCAUUCAGUGAAAUUCAUCGUUAUCUUACUCUGAAACAAAAAAAAAUGCUGUAAUUCGUUUACUGUCAAAUUGUGGUAUUUUUCUACCUCUUUCUAGCUCUUUAUACAUUUUUGUAAAUUUUUAGAACCUGCCCUCAAACAAGUCGAUAAUAAACAUUUGCAAAGCAAUAUCUUUUUUCGUAGAAGUAACUUCAAUGUAAUCCUGUAUUUAGUUCAACCGUCCCAAUCAAGGCAAUACAUUUUCCUGACAGUCUCAUCAAAAGUAACACGUCAUUAUUUCUGUGACAUAAGUCCAUAAAAAGAAAUAUUCGUACAAAUCCAAACACCAACAAAAACCCCAGUCUGAUUUUUUUGACGACCACAGAAGUAAUGUAUUUUAGAAAUAAAUGUGCACGUGGAUAUAGUUAAGAAAAUUCAAAUUCAAGAGACUGUGAUAUCCCAAACCGACACGAGCUUGAACGAACGCCAAUUUCCUGUCAUUACAUGAACAUUAAUUAAGACCAUACAUAUAUUCAGAUAUAAAUAAAAGAAAACUCUACGUCGAAUGGCAACUCAACCGUAUACAUGAGAGACCCGUUAGCACCUUGCAAUAAGUUUCUGUCCAACUAGAUCCACCUCGUUACAUGUCUUACAAGAUCUGCCCUUUCACCUUAGUGUAAGAUACGUGUGGAUUGACUUACAAUUGUUCAGUUUCGAAUCCCCCGUAUUGUAAUAAUUCAUGAUAAAUUUCUAUUGGGUGAUAGUUAUUGAAUAUAUCUGUCAUUAGCAAUUGUGUAUGGAUUUCGAGCUUCUUGUAAGACAGUUAUUGAACAUGCCUUGUGUACUUUACGCAAUGAAACUCUUGUUGCAAAUUUCUAAAUUAAUUUCGAAUAAAACUAUGAAACCUG